AGCCCGGGCUGGGAGAGCCGGGACAUGGGUUCCAGUGGUGGUUCCGCUCCUUCCUUCCUUUCCGCUGUCAUAACCCGGCGUUCGGCUUGUUUUUUUCUUUUAAGAAUUGGACACUUUGCCGUUCCCCUUCCACACUGCAGGUGGUGUUUGUAGAGGCUUCGAUGCUUUUCAAAAGGCGUUUUAUCGAAAGACUUGCCAGGACCAACUUGAUCAAAGCCGUGUUCCUGGAAUAGAUCCGACUGUCCCGAAGGACCAACGACCGGUCUGUGAGCACUUAUACUAAGAGAACAAGUCUUGCAAUGUUAAGUGUUUUCCUCGGGAUGCCCAGACUGUGAAAAUCAAGGAGUUCUUGAUCAGAAUGGCUUCAGGAAGGUUUUACCUGUCCUGCAUGGUCCUGGGGUCCUUGGGAUCAAUGUGCAUCCUCUUCACCAUCUACUGGAUGCAGUACUGGCGUGGCGGCUUUGCUUGGGAUGGCAGUGUGCACAUGUUCAACUGGCACCCGGUACUUAUGAUUUCUGGCAUGGUGGUGCUCUAUGGCGCUGCCUCCCUGGUGUACCGCUUGCCCUCCUCAUGGGUGGGGCCCAAGCUGCCCUGGAAAAUCCUCCAUGCAGCACUGCACCUGCUGGUCUUCACCUUCACUGUGGUGGGACUGGUUGCCGUCUUUCAGUUUCACAACCAUUCAAAAAUCACACACCUCUACUCCUUGCAUAGCUGGCUGGGCAUCACCACCGUCAUCCUCUUCGCCUGCCAGUGGUUCCUGGGCUUUGCCGUCUUUCUUCUGCCGUGGGCAUCCCAGUGGCUUCGAAGUCUCUUGAAGCCUGUGCACGUCUUCUUUGGAGCCUGCAUCCUUUCCCUGUCCAUCACAUCUGUUAUUUCCGGCAUAAAUGAGAAGGUUUUCUUUGUUUUGAAAAAUGCCACCAAGCCCUACUCCAGCCUGCCUAGUGAGGCUGUCUUUGCCAACAGCACUGGGCUCUUGGUGGUGAUUUUUGGCGUGCUGGUUCUCUAUGUUCUUCUGGCUUCCUCAUGGAAACGUCCAGAUCCAGAAGCUCUGACUGAUAGACAGCCCCUGUUGCAUGACAGGGAGUGAAGCGGGCAGGGGCUCCUGGGAACCAUCGGCGAUGUGGUCUCUGCUCCCUCAGAAGCUCUGCUGUACUUGGGCUCCUGGUUGUUUUCAGCAACAGACUUCUCUUGGGCCAGAGUCCAAACUUGCUACUCCAGUUCUAGGCAUGCUCUCUCCAGCCACUUGCUGUCCAUCUGCUUUCCUUGAUGGCUUUGACUUGUUGGCAUUUUUCUGGUCCUCCAUUUGCACAAGGGCUUCCUUGCCUUGGUCUGCUGGUCUGUAGAAUUGGGGCUGUUUUCUCCUCACCACUCCUAGGGAUGUGGUAGAAGCCAAAGCUGAGGCUCAAAUGUAGCCUACACAUACAAGAUAUAAAGUCUGCUCUCUGUGGGAGCAUCUGUCUCAUUAGGCAGGCUUCCUCUGCCUCUGUUCUGUCCUGGGUAUGUGUUUGGGUGGGCAGCAGCAUUGGGAGGUAACUAAUGGGACAGCGGCAGCAGGACAAGCACUUGCUGUAACGUCAGGUGCCAGUUACUCUGCUCACUUUGAUGCACUGUGCUGUGUUAUUGUGACCAUGUGGCUCCCCUUCUUCUAGUUGCUGCUUCAGUUGCUGCCUGGAUCCUGCCCUUUCCCUGUGACUUACAUGCCUGUCCCCCUCAGGUAGCCCUACCAACCCUAGCAAACUGUUCUCCUAAGAACAAACAGCCUGCCCCUAGAGUUCCAAGUGAUGAGUGACAGAGGUUUCUGUGUCCUUCCUUUCUGUCUCCUUGUGGGUAUGGGCUUUCCUGCCUCCUCUAGUUAUGCUUUCCCCUGACAGGGCCCUGGCCUACUAUGAAAUUAAAAUCAGCAUUAUGAAAGCAAUUUACUGGGCAGAGUCCUGGGAACCCCUGCUGCCUUCAGAGGUGUUCCUUAUUAGUACUGGGUGCUUCUGUUCCCCAAAAGGCCACCCAUAUUCCCUCUAUGAUAUGCCAGAGUGUGAACUUUACUCUUCUCCUGAAUAGAAACUGAUUAGAGAGGGAGGAGUCUGGCUCGCUCCUUUGUGUUGGCCUGUGGCACUUCAUGCCUUCUUCAGAUAAGCCCUGCCAGGUCCCCUUAGCAGGCAGGAGUUGGGUUCCUGCACUCCCUGCAGAUAGUGAUCAGGCUGAACUUCAGUUCCGCUGCCAGAAAUUGGAAGGAGGGCUGGCCCAUUCUGACUGAAGCCUGAACACCAUUGGGAUGACUACUGGGCACCUUGGACAUGACCAGCUCCCCUGGCUCACUCACGAGUGGGUAUUUUACUUCAUGAAUCUGAUCUUUAUUAAAUGUUUUUAAACAUUAAA